UUUUGAACUACAGGGCUCGCCGUACCACUGUGACGUCAUUGCCAUCAACAUUUGAGAUAUUUUGGCGGGGCAAGCAUUCUCGGUUCCAUACUAAAUAUAAGUAAACAGUGGCUGUCGUCAAACUGACCGAAUAUGGAGCGCGUUCGAAUGGGCCGAACAAGCAGCAGGGCAUCAGAACAGCGGUCACUGGACAGCAACAGGAUGAGCACGGUGUAUGCGACACCGAGAUCACAGCCUUCCUUUGGAAAGCUCAGCUUAGCAAAACCAUCAUCCGUGAGCUCUGAAAGGAGGACCAGCUUUUUUGGUGCCCGGACUAGUGGGGCCAGCAUGCAUCGGAACAGCACUAUGUCAGGGUUUGGAGGAACGGAGAAGAUUAAAGAUUCCAGACCUCUCCAUGAUAAAUCCUAUGUUCAGCAGUGUAUCAAACAGCUGCACGAGUUUCUGGUUGAACAGGGUUUCCCGGGUACUCUGUCAUCCAAAACUCUCCAAUCACCUUCCACCAAGGAGUUUGUUAAAAUGUUUGAGUUCAUUUACUGCCAGCUGGACCCAACCUUUGUGAUGCCCAAUUCCAAAGUUGAGGAGGAAGUUCCGGCUUUGCUGAAAGCCUUAGGGUAUCCAUUUGUUCUCUCCAAGUGCUCAAUGUAUUCCGUUGGAGCUCCCCAUACCUGGCCUCAGGCCCUGGGUGCUCUCAUGUGGCUCAUCGAUUCCGUCAAGAUCAACUUGAGUUUUGGUAAGCAGGACCCACUGUUAACAGUUUUCUGUGAGGAAAGUGACAAUAUUGAGGAGGGAGCUGAGUAUAACAAGCUCUUCCUUGACUUCACAGGUGAAACAUACUCUAAGUAUAUGCAGGGUCAAGACACAUUUGAUUCUGAGGAUGACGUAUUUCUCACCAACAUGAAGAGGCUCUAUAAUGUUGACGAAGCCCUGCUGGUAAAGAUGGAGGAAAAGAACCAAAUCCUCACUGAGGAGCUCCGGCAUCUGGAAAAAGAGUCUCAGACUGACCGCCUAAUGACCAAGAGGAUGGAGAAGAUGAAGCUGCAAACGGACCUGAAGAAACUUCAGAGUUAUCGAAGCAGCAUAGAGUCUUUCAAAGCCAGCCUGGAGAACAAAGCUUCAGAGCUGAACAAUGAGCUGGAGACAUCUGUUGGUCAUCUGGAUUCUCUCAAACAUCAGAGGGAAGAACUUGAACAGGUCUUACAGAACCAAAAAUUUACUCCAGCUGAUGUCGAGAGGAUCAACAGGGAGAAAAGGGAACUUGAACAAACUGUCGCUAAUCUCACCAAGGCUCUUGAAGAUGCUGAGCAGCACACGUGGAAUGAAGAAAUUGCUUUAUCCAAAGUGAAAGGGAAGGUAGAGUCUAAUCUGGCUGAGUAUCACAAGCUGGCACGUAAACUCAAGCUGAUCCCGCAGACUGCAGAAAACGCCUGUGGUCACGAUUUUGAGUUGAAGCCAUUUGAAGGUGGAUGCCGUCAAAGGACGCAGAUAGAGAUGCUUCUGAAAAAGAUGAUCAGUAAUGUGGAGGAAGAAAGCAGCAGGCUGACCAACUCCAGACUCAGUCUAGUAGAGUCCAUGGAACAACUAAACUCCAACGUCAUGGACAAGCUGAACGACGUGAAGCUGCUCAAAGAGCAGAUCCGCAAGUUGGAUGAGCAGCUGGAACUUGACAUGCAGGAGCUAGCCAGAGAGGAGCAGGAAUGGGGAGCAGAGAUCGAGAAUAUUGAAAACCACCGCAAACUUCUUGAGGAGAAAGUAAAGUUUGGUUAUGAUGAAGCUGUGCAGCAACUGAAGGCCAUUCAACAACAGUAUCAGUUGGUUCUGCAAGAAACCAGCGAAGAGAGGCGAACUGUGGCCAAUAACCUCAUGUCUGUUUUCACAGCAGUUACGAACCACCUGGCUGUUACGGAGCUGUCUCUGGCAGAUCUACACAGCGGAGUUCAUCGCAUCUGCAAGAAGACUGUAGAAGAAAACGAGGCCGCUCUUCAGAAGCUGUGUGAGAUGUUGAAGAGCUUCAAGGCGAAGGCUAAUGUCUAAAGAGCUGCAGCAGAAUGAAGAUGGUGGGGCUUUAGCCCUAGAUUUUGGAGGUGUUUACAUUUUAAAAUAUAAUUCAUUAAACUUUGUCAGAUUGCAAUUUAUGAUUUUCAGUUUUGGAUGUUGUUUCUUUUGUACUUGUUAAUGCUGGAAGAACUUGAUAAUUCUACAGCAUAUUAAAAAAUGUUUGGUCACAAUAAAAGUACCUGCUUGGAUCAAAUUGUAAUAUUAAAGUCCUCUAGAUGGCAGCACUGGUUUAUUUACGGCUCAAACUGUACCACAAAGGUUUUAGUCUGGAAAUAUAAAUUGAUCAAAAGGUGGAGAAAUCUCAAACAUCUGGACUCAUCUAGGAGGGUUUUGGCCUCCACACCUAGUUUGUUGUUAAUCAUUCUGAACAAACCAUAUCCACGACAGCUGACAUCGGGAUGAUUAAAUCUGAAACACGGCUAAUCAAAAAGACAUUAACCUGGGAUAAGCCUGAUGUUUACCGUGACGUGUUAAUUCCCUCACAUGGUCAGUUCAGCAGUGAUGAUGCCAGAAGUAACUUUUUUCUACAUGCACGAUGUCCGUCCUGCCAGGCAUUUGCCUGCAGAUCCUAAUCUACACACAGAUGGCUCUGGUUCUGGGAGCCUGGUUUUAGUUGGUGGCCGAUGCUCAUCCUCGUGGUUUUGUCAUGUCAACAAAUGUAAAAAGCUCCUCAACCAGGUGCAGCUUGGAAUCAGUCAAGAUACUGCUGGGUAGCAGCUCUUCACUAUUGCACUUGUAUUAGAUCCAAACAUUUGUGAUGGCAAAAUCAAAGAAAGGAGUGAGCAUGGUCCUGCAUGCCUGUAAAACGUUUGUAAUAAAGGUUUUUCUUUA